AUAAGAGCACGGUACAAAGGAAACAGAGAUUGGGUGGAGAUUGGAGAAGUUACAACUGAGAGGUAGGUACCUUAAUUGUGACGAUGCCAUUAAAGGUCUAUGACUCAGUUGAUCGCGAAUGGUGACGACCUGCUCAUUAUCCAUUGUCCAUCAUUGAAGUACGCCAAGAUCCCUUAACGACUAAAAGAUUGUGCUUUUUUACGAACGUGCCGACAAAGCUCUGCGACAUUCUCCGACCAAGUUUGUAGGCGAAUCACUUGAAAGAUAAUCAAAACGGAUGUUCGGAUGAAUUGGUUUCAUCAUUUUUCAAGUGGUGCAGCAAGACGCCCUAAGUGCGGAUUCGUCGGCAUUCCACCCACUGUGUCCGCCGCUCGCAUGAUCUUUGCGAUAAGAUAGGAGCGCGUGCGGGCGUAGGGAGACGUUAGUGGUGAUGCGUGACCCGGUAAGAGCCGUCAGUGCCUCACGGUCAGCACCUGAGCCACAGACUCAGCUCGGCACCAGAGGCGGGCGGAGCAGCGGCAGCGCCGGUCCGCGACAAUGGAGAUACCGAUCGCCGUCAGUAUUCUGAUCUGCGUCCUGACCUCAGGUGCGGCCGGCUCUGGCGCCGACUCCGAGACCAGCUCGGUGUUCGUCCUGGAGCCGCAGGACGCCUGGGUGCGGCCCGGCGGCACCGUACAGCUCGACUGUGAGCUCACUGCCGCCAGCCAGGGCGACAUCUGCGCCUGGCGCAUCGCCGGCACCCAGCUGGGCGUCGACCACUUCUACAACGUGGCGCCGCCGGACAAGGUGCGCGCCCUGUUCCCCGAGCACGAGCGCGUCUGCAGCAUACUCAUCGAGGACGCCGACCGGCGCCACGACGGCCUCUGGACGUGCUGGCCGCUGGCCAACACCUCGCACGUCAGCUCGCGAGACGCCCGGCUCAUCGUGGCAGACGAGACCACGCUGGCUCCGACGUCCUCCGCGGGCACCACUACUGAGGCGACCUCUAGGCCCGCUCCCACCACCACCCCGGCCGACACGACCACGGAGCCGCCGAGGACCUCGCCAGAGCAGACUUCCACCUCACCAGCGCCACCUACAACUACUCCUCGCGCUACCACAGCGCCGCCUACAUCUCCUGAGGACCUUAGCACCACAACGCCGCAGCCCCCGAUUUUAGGACUAAAUUUUUAG